GCCUGAGUAGUAGUGAUGAUCAGACCGUGGAGACGGGCGGCCCGACACCAUGAUGGAGACUGUGGAGGAGGUCCAGUUCGGCGUCUCGCAAUGCCAGUUGUGUAACACCACAAUGUUGAUAGCAGUAGGUUGCACUAUCAACGCCCUCUUUUGUUGUCGUCGGUAUAUGACCGGAUCUGAGAUGGCGUCGGGUUGAAAAUGCUAACCGGUGAGAUGCAUUUGAGGCAUCUCCUCCGGGCUCUGAUCUAGCCGGAUGGUUUGCAGUGCCAGGGUUGCCCCUACAAAGCCAAGUCCGCCGGCGGCCUAGGGACGGAGUAACUCUUUAGCUAUACCCAAUGUGUCUCUACAACUACCUAGGUACCCGACCCAGCCACAAGAUGAUGUCGUCGAAGAACUGGCUCGCAUCGCUACGCCCCAGACACGGGCGGAAUCCGGGUAUGUAUUUCCAUAGAUCAGCACCACCAAGUAUAUAUACGAAGAAGACCUGGACGAGACAAUUGACGAACUUGCACCUGGUUUACUCUCAAUUAGUACCGACCCUCGCGAACGCCUCGUCCGCCCUGCGUCCAACCCGCAGCCAAAUUGUGUUCUCGCAGUGUUCCUCGAACUUGACGCACUACUACUCUCUGCUUCGCCCUCUCCAACCCUCGGAAUGUGCUUCGGCGGCGGCGGUAGCGACGACGCAGUGAUCAUUCGACACUACGAAAAGCCACGGUACCGUCGAGAAUAUGUCUCACGACCAGAGAGGGUCACCUACCGUCGCAGCGAUGUUGCAGCCGGUCGACGCUCUGCCUCUACACAUCGUCCCAGAGACAGCCAUGGCAGCUUCGAGAACCAUAGCCAGUAUCGUGACAGCCACAGGGACAUUGGCUCGGAUGGACGCCGCAGCCAAAGCAGGACGAGGAUUGUUACACAAGAGAGCCGCCGGAGCAGGCAAUAUGUGGCAGCCUGAUGGAUGAGGAGCAAGCAAUACGAUAAGAAAUGACAAUUUGUGAGCAAUAGCUUGGUUGGCGAUCAGGCAGGGCUGCAUGCGGACGGCUAUGGCAUUAUUACUACGAGUAUGCGCCAUCUAAGAGGGACUGUUUCGUUCUGGUCGGCGCAGUACAAUAACGAGUCAAAAUGGAUGGUUUAUUGAAGUUACGAAGAUGAGCAUGAACAAAGAAUAUCCGUGGACGACCAUUGAUGACAUCAUCAGCAGCAUGUGCUUAAUUCUUGAAGGGUGGGAUGAAUCAGCUUUGCACUACUAUACCACAACUUGGAUGCGAACGUGGGAAGUGGUCAGGUGCCAUCAGCCUCAGGUAUAACUCAAGGCCAUCAAUGAGAUAUUGGCUGCGCUUGUCUCGGAGUUGGAUGUUUCCGUUGCCAUGUCUGUAGAGGGGUGGAAAUGGAAGUGUUCUACUAGUAAUCACCCGUCACAAUGAUACUGGCUUGCUGCUGGCAUCUCAACCACCAUGCACCAGGCUACUGGUGGUGACAAUGGUGAUGGCCCUGCAUGAUCUGCUGCCUCAUACUAGUAGGUACAGCAAAUAAUGGUUCUUUGUAGCGCAGAACUCGAUCGAUAAUGCAAUCGGGGCAGGUAAACGGAUAGAGAUACAGUUCAGUUUUCCAGUUCCAGUUCCAUCCACA